AUGUCCGACAUGAAGCCUCUUACGGUCUACGCACAUAGCGGUGGGCCGAACCCGUACAAAGUCGCUAUUGUUCUCGAAGAGCUCAAUAUCCCUUACACAAAGGUUAUAGUGGCGAAUCCCAAGGAGGAUUGGUUCCUUGCUUUGAACCCUAAUGGUCGGUUGCCAGCUAUCACGGACCCCAACAACGAUAACUUCACCAUCUGGGAGUCUGGAGCUAUUCUUGAAUAUCUUGUUGUGGAAUAUGAUAGAAACGGCCAGUUGACGGUCGAGGAUGCAAAGGAAAAGUGGCAAUUAAAACAAUACUUACAUUUUCAGAUGUCGGGACAGGGCCCAUACUUUGGCCAAGCUGUGUGGUUUCACCGCUGCCCAGAUGAUAUUCCCGUCGCGAAACAGCGAUACAUCGAGCAGACGGUCCGAGUGUUCGGAGUUUUGGAUAAUAUCCUCAAGGACAAGGAGUACCUCGUUGGGAAUAAAUGCACGUACGCGGAUCUAUCUUUCGUCCCCUGGAACAAGGUCGCCCUCUUUGCCCCAAUUUUCAACGACAUUCUGUGGAACGAAUAUGACAUUCAGGAGAAAUUCCCCAACUUCCUAGCUUGGCAUACUCGAUUGAGCAAUAGAGCUGCUGUGAAAAAGGCGUAUGGCGAAAUUUGAAAGCUAGUGGGGAGCAUAGGUAUUAUUUAUUCAUA